AACGCAAGGUAUUUUUAACGCCUCUUUGCAUUAUAAUCUCUCUUGUUCUACUCUGGAGUUAGGGUUUUGCGCCGCUCCCAAGCGAGGCGAUUGAUCCAUGGAUCCUUCCUCCAAGAAGCGCAAGGCCGACGAGAACGGCAACCUCGCUACCACAAUCCCUCUAGCGGAUCUCUCUCACGACGACGGCCGUAAGAUCAUCGACGCCUUCUCUCUAGAACAGCUCCGUGACAUCGUCGCUGCCGCUGUGUGCCGUGGUGAACCCGGGGUCCUUGCCGAUGUGCGCACAAUCGCCGACCGCGACCAAAGCCAGCGCAAACUCUUCAUCCGCGGCCUCGGCCUGGAUACCACCACUGACGUUGUCCGCUCCCUCUUCUCCGCCUACGGCGAGAUCGAGGAGGCCGCUGUCAUAGUCGAUAGAGUCAGUGGGAAGAGCAGGGGCUAUGGAUUCAUCACCUUCCGUCACGUCGACGGUGCUCUUCUCGCCCUCAAGGAGCCCUCGAAGAAAAUUGACGGCCGAAUGACCGUCACCCAGCUCGCUUCUGCUGGGAACACGGGAUCCGGUGCCGCUACUUCUGUUGACGUCUCUCUUCGCAAGAUCUACGUGGCGAACGUUCCUGUUGAAAUGCCCUCGGAUCGCUUGCUCGCUCAUUUUUCCCAAUAUGGAGAGAUCGAGGAGGGGCCAUUAGGGUUUGACAAGAUGACUGGGAAAUUCAAGGGCUUUGCUCUUUUUGUUUACAAGACGGCAGAUGGAGCAAGGAAUUCUCUUUUGGAGCCUAACAAAAACGUUGAUGGGCAUAACUUGGUCUGCAAGCUCGCUAUUGAGGGGAAGAAAGGGAAACCAGGUGCCUCAGCCCCAGGUGUUGCAGCUGUUGGUGGGAUGCCAGGCCAGCCUUUGGGUACUGGUGCUGACGUUGGUCCGGAUGGGCUUGGAUCGGGUGUGCAAAGUUCGCUCACAAGCCAAUAUGGUGGCACUGGUGGCCGUUAUGGUUCAUAUACUGGGUACUCUGGUAGUGCGCUGCCUGUUGCUGCUGGACUGAGUCUCCCUCAUAAUUUGAACUCAUCUUUGCCAACAUCGAUCGGUGCAGUUGUUCCAGGGCUGUCAGUUGGAAAUCAGAUGCCUUCCUCGCAUGGAAGUGGAGGUUAUGGUGGAGGUUUGGGUGGUCCUCUUGGGUCAUCUUCUCAGUAUGGUGCUCCUGGCUCUGGUGGUUAUGGAGGUUAUGGUAUAGGUUCAUAUCGUGUGCCACCAAACUCUGGCGGAACACCUUCAGGUGGUUAUCCUGAUGGUGGACUCUAUAACCUAUCAUCAUCAGCAUACCAGAACCAGAAUCAGCAGCCAACAGGUUCAUCUCCUGGGCAGAGGCAUCCUGGUGGAGGGGUUUAUCCAAAUGCCCCACAUUACUAUUAAGCACAUGGACACUUGCCACUGGCAUUGGCUAGGAUGAUGGAGCUUAGAAGAAUUGGCUUACCUGUUCAAAUUCAUAGACAAGACAUGCCACUGGCAUUGGCUAGGAGGACAGAGCUGAGAAGAAUUUGCUUGCCUUUUCAAAUCCAUAGGCAAGACAGUACCCUAACAUGGCAGACGAUUUUGACCUCAUCUUUUGCUCUCUGCUAAACUCACUGAAGCCACGUGGCCUUACUCAAGCUUUAUCAUUCUUUUGCAAGAAUCCUCGAGUUGCAUGCUAUUCUAGUCUCCCUUCUCCCCUCACCACCUGACGUGGCUUAUGGAAUCUUCAUGGUUCGUGCCCUGGCCUCCUAAUGUUUCUAAUCUUGACCUUGUUCUACAUGUUGCUCAGUGGCCAGUAUCAUAAGCUGCACCUGUGCUAAACUGGAAAUAUUUUUCCAUUUUAUCCACUAAUUUUUUGUAUUUAUUUAUACAUAAAUUUUUAGUUUACAGAUGCUACCCCCAUGAUUGUACUUGCACUUUCAUUUUUGGUUUGGAUUGCCAUUUUUUCUAUAUAUGGUGAAAUUCAAGAUGUUUUAGGUUUUUUAGCUAUUUUUGUUUGGAUAUGUCAUUAUUCUAUAUAUGGUGACAUUCAUGACGUUUUAGAUUUUUUUAAUUAUUAGCACUUUGCUUUCGUGCUCAUUGUAUUGAGACAUGAUGAUGGUCAUCUUCUUUGGAAUUUUUAACAUUAGAUAUGCUGUUAUGAAAUAUUAAUGAACCUCAAGAGUGUUAUAUUCGAUGAUUACAAUUGUUUCUUGCUUCAUUGCAUGCUCCUUUCAUUAGUUUUGUGUCUUGGAAGUUCUGCUAUUAUUCUUCCCCUUUUGUUUUGUUUGUGUUUCAGAUGGCCAACACACUAGGUGCACCUAGCAUCUUAUCACUUGUAAUUGAAUCCAUGCUAGUAGAAGUUUAGUAGUUUUUUUGCUUGGAUUUUGAGUUGGUUUGUAAAAUUGAUCUUAUCACUUGUAAUCGUAGCAGCCAGCUGUAACUCCUUUUUGUUGAUUUCUGAAGUUGGAGAUUAUUUGUCGAACGUUCUUAAUGCGUGCAAUUCUUAUUGCGUUCCAUUCUACUGGUUUCCCAACCUUUGCAACAGUGGACCCGUUUAUAGGAUGUCUAUGCGCUCGUUGUUACAUGCAUGUGGAGACUACAAAAGUGGAUUUUGAGUGUGCAAAUUCUUUAUCUAUCUGCCAAUUCGUGAACAGGCUAAAUUUUUUCCUCCCAGUCUUUUAUGAUUUUCCACAUCAAAAAUUUGGGAAUGAACCAAGGUAAUGUAUUGAUGUUUGGAAUGCACUGCUUCUAAUAGGCACAUGCUCCAUUCUUUUCUGCAAUUAUGAAGGCGACAUUAGUAACUAAAAUGAUGAAAAGUGAAAUUUUGAAUUUUUUUUUGUUGUAUGUGAAAUCAUACCUUAAAAAGAUAAAAAGCAAAUCUAAGAGGUGAAGAUGACGCUCUUCUUUAAUGAACAUCCUUUGAAGUUGCGAUAUAUUAAAACUACAGUAUGUGAUUGUGUACUGUUUAUCAUGCUGGUUGUCUUCCCAAGAACAGUGGAGAUAUCUAAUAUAUUUAACGCCUAGAUGAUAGUACGUUUCAACUGAUUUUCUUGUGAUCCAAUAACACCGUAUAACAGAAUUGUAUUUAUUCAGAAUGAGAUGUAAAGCAUCCGGCUAAUUUUAUGAUUACCAGUUCAUUUAUAAUCCAUUGUCUCCCAGAAUGAUGUGAAUUUAACCAUAACCAAGUAAACAUCAAGGAUUGGAUAAACCUUUG